CUUUUAGACUUCCAACUGUGGAAACUACAGGUGGGGUGGUUUUUAAUUUUGAUUAUUUUGUGUUUUCACCUUUUCUUUUACAAGAUUAAAGAUAAUUUUGUGGACAAUGUUGUUUUGAUGCAAUUUUUGGUAAAGCUAAUUUGUGUGAAUGACCAAGUCAUAUGAAGCCUCUUUUUGUGAAUCUUUAUGUUUCUUCUUAGGUGAUCUCAUCCAUCUUUGGUUUUGUAGCUUUCUUGGAUUAAAUUAUCUUUUAAUCCUUUUUGUUGGGUAGUCUUUUUUUUCUCCAUCCACCCUUUUGUAAGGUAGUUUAGUUUCCUUUACAUAGCCUUUUCAUUAUUGAAUUUUGUCUUUUCUCUUCCUUGUAUUAAGGCAUUCUGUUCCUGGAACUCUGGUUUUGUUUGGUAUCUGGCAAAACCUUCAUGUCCAUUUAUGCUUUCGGUUUCAAUUCUUGUUUUAUUUGGUUAUCUGAUUAGAAACUUGAUGACGUUUUAUUGCCAUCAAGAUUCAGAUACUCCUAAAGGGCACCGUGUGGACUAGGGAUUUACGGUUCUAUCGGGUUCUUAUAUCAGUAAUGGUGAAGGAUUCUAGUGAGGGAUAAGCUAAGAUACAUGGAGAAUUCUCGUGAUUUUCUAAGCAAUGGAAAACCAGCUGAUCCUGGUCUCCAAAUUAUAAGGCACCCUUCUUACCAAUCUUGUGGGAAAUUAUCGUUAUCUUGGUUUGAUAUUAGAGUUUUCUACAUCAGAAUCAGCAAUUUUAUGGUCGAUGAUUCGACCCCAGAAAGUCUUACUCUUAACCAUAUCCCUCUAAGCCCCGAUACGGUGCUUGAAGUAAACGGUAAAAGAUGUUCCAUGUAUUCGGAAGGAGCUUCUUGCCUUCUUCGAAGAGACCGUGUUGAUAAGAAAGCAGAAGAAGCUACAUUUGUGAGCACGGAUAGCAUAAGAUUGACAGGGAAUGUGAACUUUGAGGUUUUGCAUAAAGACGAUCUUGUCCUCUCUGGGGUUUUAGAGAUGUCCGACAUCAACGGUUUUUCCGGGGAGUCUAAGAACUGUCUGAGGAGAUGGAGCAUGAAUUGUGAAUCAGUUAUGACAGCUGGCACAGGCUUUCUAAAAACUGAAUCAUUGUUGCCGACAGUUGAAGUCUAUGUUACCGGUUGCUUCUGUGGGACACCGAUCAUCUUAACUAAGACUUUGCAGCUAAAUUACAGGAAGAAGCAUCAUCGGAAGGGUAUGUUAGACUCCAUUCCGGAGCAUGAAACAGCUGAACAGCAUAAAGAAGUCUUGUCUGGACAUGAUCUGCAGGCAACAGAAUACAGAAAUUACAAACCAGAAAGUGAAGAAGACUACAACAACAUGUACUGGAGAGGAACAGAACUUAUGGAUGGUGAAGACGGGGAAAUGUCCUGGUUCAACGCUGGGGUCAGAGUUGGUGUUGGGAUUGGCCUUGGCAUUUGUGUAGGAGUUGGAGUAGGAGUUGGUUUAUUAGUCCGCACAACUCGAAACUUAAGAAGGCGUCUUAUGUAAUUACAUAGCAUAAAUAUAAAGGCUAACAAAACAGAGUGAUACUUGUUUUAAGAGUAUAUUCUACUUCAGACAUUUUCGAUGUUGCUAACCAUUCUCUUUUUUCGUGUGUGAUCCAUUUUCUGCUUCCUUUCCCCCCUUUGGCGCCUCCUAGUUUCUUGUUUAGCUUUCCAGUUUGCCGCCUUUUGGUGCUGAGGAGUGAAGCUGUAUGGACAUGUUUAGGUAAAUAUCAUAUCAUGUUAUUGUCUGUUUAUGUGUAAAUGUCUAUUUAUUUUAUGAGAACCUCAUGGCCUGGUAUUUGUGCCUUUUAAGCAUUGAUAAAGUCAAUUUUGUGCA